AUGCUUCCAACACUUUUUGCUGUCGCCGGCUGUACGGCGGUCGUGUCUGCCGCGACACCCAAGCCGCCCACGCUCGACUUUCUCUACAGCAUCAACAUUUCCAUGACUGCGCCGCUGGACAUUGGCACCACGGCCAUCGGCAGCCGCGGCAUCCUGCCCAUCACGGGCGGCACGUUUGCCGGUCCCAAGCUGUCGGGCAACGUCUCGGCCGGUCUGGACUGGGGCCUGACGGACAGCAAAGGCACCUUUAGCCCGGACGCCGUCUAUGUGCUGACGACGACGGACGGCGCGCGCAUCAUGGUGACGGAACGGGGGCGGGCGCCGAAUAUGCAGCUGCUGUUUGAGACGGGCAGCAGCAGCUACGGCUGGCUCAACACGGCGGUGGCGUAUGCGAGCGGCGGGCUGACGGCAGACGGUGUGUCGCUGGACGUGUGGCAGAUUUCACCACCGGCGGCAUAG